GUGCGUGACGCGGAGUCGGCUCAGUGCAGUUUCAUUCGCGUUGAUUUGAUUCAUAUGAAUCGAUUCAAGCAAAGUUCGAAGAAUUUUAAUUUAAAAAAAAAAAUUAAACAUAUAGACAAACUAAGAAAUUAACAGAAAGAAAGAAAUAUAUUGUAAUUAUUUCACAGGUUGAUACCGAAAUUUCGUCUACAUAAAGUUCGUCUACAUGUUUGUGAAAUAAGCAAAUAUGUGAUUUACAUUUUAGUUAUUUUAGUCUAGAAGAACGGUCUGUAAUAUCAGAUUUCCACAAAACUACAAAUUCCUUUAACCAUCCUCCAUUCAACCCAAAUAUCCCUACAGUCAUUUCCCUUCACGCUCCAGUCGAUUAAAAAGGAAUCGAUUAGAAAGGAAUCGACUCUUUCGCCGACUCCCCCAUCACUACUGUACGAUGUGAGUUGCGACCGCUGUGUGUGUGCGCGCGCGAGCGUGUGUGUGUUCGUUUUUCAAACGGCAGAACCUCUUACACACACAGAGGGGUUUGUACACCAACAUGUAGCUUUUUAGAACACCACUACCCCAAUCAGCGCCAUGAUAAGCCCUCUGUUCUUACUGUCUGUUUCACCUUAACCGCACAAGCGUGUGCUUUAUCCUGGAUCGGAUGGAGGGAGCGGUGAGGCCGGAGACCGGGGGGAGCGCCUCCUCACACGGGGCCGCUGUGGCGGAGGAGACAGAGACCGUCUUCGGAGUCGGAUGCGGGAUAGAAGACACUAGUGCUAAGAAGACCUACAUCAGUGAGAUGCCAUCCUCGUCCUGCCCCCUAGGCUCCGGCCUUGAGAAGAAGAUUGGCCACAGGCGGGUGGACGCCUCAGGAGAAACCACUUACAAAAAGACGACCUCUUCAGCUUUGAGAGGCGCGAUCCAGCUGGGCAUCGGGUACACAGUGGGCAACCUGAGCUCCAAACCAGAGAGAGAUGUGCUCAUGCAGGAUUUCUACGUGGUGGAGAGCAUCUUCUUUCCAAGCGAGGGCAGUAAUUUGACUCCAGCACACCACUUCCCAGACUUCAGGUUUAAAACCUACGCCCCUGUGGCGUUCCGCUACUUCCGAGAACUCUUCGGGAUUCGACCCGAUGACUACCUGUACUCUUUAUGUAAUGAGCCCCUCAUCGAGCUCUCAAACCCCGGAGCUAGUGGGUCCAUCUUCUACGUUACCCGUGACGACGAGUUCAUUAUCAAAACUGUACAGCACAAAGAGGCUGAGUUUCUGCAGAAACUGCUUCCUGGUUACUAUAUGAAUCUGAACCAGAACCCUCGGACACUUCUACCCAAAUUCUUUGGCCUGUACUGCAUACAGUCCGGAGGGAAGAACAUCCGGAUUGUAGUAAUGAACAACGUCCUGCCACGCGUCUUCCGUAUGCACCUGAAAUUUGACCUGAAGGGCUCAACAUACAAGCGCAGAGCAUCCAAGAAGGAGCGAGAUAAAUCCAAGCCUACCUUUAAAGACCUAGACUUUAUGCAAACCGUUCCUGAUGGAUUACUGCUAGACACGGAUACUUACAAUGCCCUGGUCAAGACCCUACAGAGGGAUUGCCUGGUGUUAGAAAGCUUUAAGAUCAUGGACUACAGUCUGCUUCUGGGCGUUCACAAUGUGGACCAGGCUAACCGUGAGCAGCAGACAGACGGUUCUCAGGGCAGCAGUGAUGAGAAGAAGCCUGCAACCCAGAGAGCACUUUACUCCACAGCAAUGGAGUCCAUUCAAGGAGGAGCUACCUGUGGAGACUCCAUUGACACAGAGGACACGAUGGGGGGAAUCCCAGCAGUGAGUGGGAAAGGCGAGAGGCUGCUGCUCUUUAUUGGCAUUAUAGACAUUCUACAGUCUUACAGGCUCAUUAAGAAGCUGGAGCACACAUGGAAAGCACUGGUCCAUGAUGGAGACACAGUAUCAGUGCACAGGCCAAACUUCUAUGCUGACCGGUUCUACAAGUUCAUGAGUUCUACAGUAUUCAAGAAGAGCUCCUCACUGAAGUCCUCUCCCUCUAAGAAGAGUCGCAGUGCAUUGACAGUGCCCAAACAUAGUGGCCCUGGGGCAGCCUGGUCAGCCAGUCAACUCCCCUCAGAAAGAGACCACAACAUCUAUGACCUGAGAGGGGCACGCAGCUUUCCUGUUCUUGAGAAUGAUGGUCUGCAUCCAUGUACUCCUCCAUCAUUCGAGGAGGCCACCACAGCCUCGGUGGCUACCACGUUGUCAUCCAACACGUCCAUAUCAAUCCCAGAGAGAUCUCCCUCUGACACAGCAGAACACCCACGUUACAGAAGGCAAACUAUGACUCUAAAAGAGAGCAAUGGAAGGAUGGUUGAUGUCCAUGAGGAGGACCAGCAGACUAUUACAGUGCAGGUGGAGUUUAAGAGAGAGAUUGAAGACGAGGAGGAGAAAGAAGAGAAAGUAGAGUUUGGGUUUGAGAAGGAGGCUGUGAUCUCCCAUACAGCAGCUUUUAUAGAGAGCAGUGUGCAUGGGGAAGCUGAUGUCCUUUGCCUGUCCGAAAUCAGAGAGACUGAAAUUCUGGAUGACAUUAUCCCAGAGAUAGUGGACCAUCCACAGACAGCAGAUCUCCCUCCACCUGCAUCACCACCUGCAACCGUCUCUCUCGAGGAUGUCACCCUGGAAACAGGCACCAAGGCAGGAGCAUCAGCACCCCCUGAGUCAGGAACUCCGGAUACUCUGUCUCUGAGCUCCAAGCUCGGCAGACAGCAGUCUGAGUCCCCCAGCCAGGCAUCUGUGGAUGAAGAGGUUGUGCCAGUCACCGAUAUUUAUUUUUAUGCCGAGGGGAGAUACUGGGUGUAUUCCCCUGUUUCUCAUCGACGCAAGCUCAACUCGAGCUACGACGACUUUCCUCCAGAGGACAGGAGCUGGGUUUAUUCCCCUCUCCACCAUCCCUCCGAGUCGCAGCCAAUAUCUGAUGGAGAGAGUGAGGCAUAAACCGAAUGCAGUGUGAUAUAUGUUGGUUGACUUCAGAGCUGCUCUGUCCUUUUGUCGGUUAUGCCCAUGAGCCCUGCAGAAGGGACCCUGCUUCACCAAGCAUCAUGGGGGAAAAAACGAUAUGGAACUAUCCAGAACUAAAAAAGACAAGAAUAUCUUCAACCAGUCGAUGCUCUGUCCCGUCUCUUUUUCAGACUACGUAAACGUGAGAACUGUCUCAAAUGAAAGAUUUUCUGUGACAUGCAGAUGCAUAGAUGACUCUCUGUUCCAGAAUAAUCCAAAUCAGUUAGCACUCUUCCAUCUCGUUGCAUUGAUUUUCAUCUGUAGACAAUCCUAUUACAUUUUACAUGCUUUAUGUAAAAAAAAAAUAACUCCUCCCCCAUACAUAAUUAUUUCAUUCUGUCAGUAAUCUGUGAUUCACUGGUAAGAACUGGACUUCAGCUUUCCUCUCCGUGAUGCUGUGCUGUUGGAGUUCCCCGGAUUCGGGAACAGACGCUGCUCUUUCACGUCUUUUACAACAUAUCAGUGGCCGCGGCUCAGAAACUGUUAACCGAGAUACGGCCGUGGCUGUAAGAACCUUUUCAGGGCUCAAAGUUUUGUUUAGUGGUGCGAAGUACUGUGUCCCAACAAACGUCAGUGUUCCCAACAUCCACCACUACUGUAGACAGUUUACUUCACGAAUAUAGGAGUGAAUAUAAAAAAAGUGUCGUGUUUUGUUUAGACUUUUUCUUUUAUAUAAUUUAGGGUCUCUAGAUGUCAUUUUGCGUCUUAGCUGUUUUUAAAUGUGAUUGUAUGAUAGACUUGGGUUAGGGUAUUAUGGAAACAAUGCUUCAGUAUAGUUAAUUAAAUCAUUCCAAUUUUUUUUUUUUAUCUGCUACAAGAGAUAAUCUCAGAUAUUCAUGGUUUUACUACCAUGCAACUGUGAGUGUGUGUGCUUGCGUGUGUGCGCUUGCGUGUGCGUGUCCACGUGUGUUGAAGUCUCAACUCAAUACUCAAAACCGUGGUCAAAAUAAUUAGCAAACGCAUUAAAAUUCCAUUCUACAGCUAUAAAACUGUCUAUAUAAAACGGUUACUGUAUAUUUCGCUCCUAUUUUCUCCGAAAGCUUUAUUUUACGCGCAAAAUAAUUUCGUAUUUAUAACCGUUUUUAACAUUAUUUGAUGAAAAAUAAAUCGACAUCCUCUUUAUAUGUUUGAAUUUUUUUUAUUUUAUUGAUUCUAUCUCAUUACUGAAUUUGGUGUAGCAGUAAAAUCCAUAUCACCACAGCUACGGUUUGUGUGAUUGCGUAAUUUGGAUUAUUUUGAUGGAUUGACAAAUAACCUCCCGACGUGGUCGUUAAUCAAUCAGCGUGCUAUUUUUCCAAAUAUAUAUAUAAAAAACUCACAGCUCGUGCUGUAGCUAUAAUGUACAUAUGUUACGAUCAGUUUAGUGUAGUAUGUUUUAAUAGAUAGGGCUUUUAUUUUUGAUUGCAUGUAGAACAAAAAAAAACACUAGGACGGGAUGUCCACAUGUCCUGUAUUCCAAACCGGGUUUGUCUGAGGCUUUAACUGUUCAGAUGUCUGGUGUAAAGCUCUACUGAUUGUAUGUAGUAUGACAAAAAAAGGUCCUCAGUAAUCUGUGUGUAUGGGUGUGUGGAUGUGUAUUUUGUUUGUUGAGGAAGAUGUGCUUUAUUAGCAUUUAUGUCCAACAAUCUUUUCCUCAAAGGUGUUGCAUGUAUUCAGCUCGAAGAAGCUCUGUUGAGAUAUUUAUCUGUGUCCAUCUCUGAAGGCGUUGAUGCCCUGUGUGUUUGUACAGAUCUGUGAAUGAUUAAUAGUGUAAAAAAAGAAUAAAAUUAUACUUAAAAAGUUGUA